AUGCACCACGAGUGGACAGCGAAGGGCGCCGAGCCCGAGAUGAAUAAAAACCGGUAUCCUGGCAAGUCCGGGCUCAUUCUGGAAGGCUGGCAAGAUUUUGCAACACCAACCUCCUGGCCUUGA